GUGUCAAGUCUUUGAUUCGACCAAUUGUGCAAACAACGAACUACCGUCACCGCGUUUCGGUAUGCUGUAAGUAUACUUCUUACUUCUAUGAACGAUCUGUAUUGGUUUUAAUUUUUAAAUAUAACCAACAUUAAACGAAAAAAUGCGAACAUGGACCAUUAUAUUAUAUACCAUCAUUAUAAUAUAUCAGAAUCACGUAUACUACACAGCCCCGGUGGGCAAAUCGGGAAGUGCUAUAAAAGGUCAAUUGAAAACGAAAUUCGGUAAAAUUGCAGACCGAAUUGUUAACCCACAAUGGACAUUAACUGAUCCAGAUUCAAAAAAAAAGGAAAAUGGAGUAGUCCCAUCCGAUGACACGGUAAACGAGAAUGACGAAAACCAAACACAACCAAAUACACAAAAUAAUGAUAACAAAAGAAAACCUAAGAAAAACAAUAAAAGAAGGCGUAAGAAAUCAAAUAAUAAAACAAAACAAAAUAAUAUAAGAGGAAAUGGAAGACACAGAUGGUACAAAAUGGUUACAGUGGAUUAUUUACUAUUUAAAAAUAGUCAAUUAAUACGGAAAAAAAGAGAUUACAAUAAUACAUUUCAACUUCAAAAUAAAUUACAAACCAAAAAUGUUAAAUGGGAAGAUUUGAAAGACAAUGAUAAAGAUAAAUUAAAUAUUGAAGCAAACGCAAACAAUCAUAGCCAAGAAGUAGAAAAACCACGAAGAAAAUUAGAAAAUGUUAAAAAGAAGGAAAUUUAUAGUACCCUCGAAAAGUCCAGAGGUCCCAACAGUUUUGAUAAGGAAUUAAGUUUAAUUGAUAAUUUAGAGGACGAUGAAAAUAGUAUGAACAGUAAAAGUAUUGAAAAUAGCAAUGAAAAACUGAAGUUUUUAGAUUUAAAAAACACAAAUAAAAAUAAAUUUCACCACUUUGUCAAUAAUAAAAAACAUCCAACAAAUACUUUUCGAAACAAACUAAGGCCCCUGAACCAUGCACAACAAUUAGGUAAAACUUCGGGAAAGAAUUAUAGUGAAACGGAAAGAUCACCACUGAAAACUGUUAAACAAAAGCCUAAAAGCUUAAAGAACAUACCAACAACAUCAAAAUAUAAAACAGAAUUUACCACUAAAGGAAACGCUGACACUACCACAAACAUCCCUGAACUCAAUGAAAUAGAUUCAAUGCUGGAUGAAAUGAACUCAAAUACAAAUGAACAUUUAGAUAGUCAGAAUAUUGAAUUAUAUCCAUCUUCAUUAGAAACAAAACUAGAAAUUCCAAAUUACAGCGAUAUUGAAGAUAAUAAAGAAACCGACAAAUUGAACAAUAUAAGACAUUCAGUAAAAUCUAAAUCAAAAAAGAAAGGAAAACAACAGCUAGAUGAAAGUAAAAAACUCAAAAAUAAAAAUCAACAAAAGUUAGGUAGACCGUUAGCAUCAAAUAUUAUUAACGAAAAGGGGUUAAAUCAGAAAGCUAUUAAACAAAACUCACCGGACAAAAAGGAUAUACUGAUAAUAUCGUAUGAUGAACCAGAACUUACGACAAAUGUAAACUCUGACACUGCCGAAAAAAUCGAUGAAUCUGAUAAAAUUCAUACUAUACUGAAUGAAAUAAACUCGAAUUCGGAUGAAAAAUUAGAUGGCCAGAAUAAUGGAUCAUAUCCAUCGUCAUUAGAAACAAAACAGGAAAUUCCAGAUGACAGCGAUAUCGAAGAUAUUAAAGAAAAUGAUAUUUUAAACAAUAUAAAACAUCCGUUAAAACCUAAAUCUAAGAAGUUGGGGAAAAACCAGUCAGAUGAUAAUAAUAAACAACCAAAAAUAAAAAAACAUAAAUUAACUCCAACGUUGGAAUCAAAUAAUAAAAACGAAAAAGGAUCUCCACUGAACUCUAUUAAGCCACUCGCACCAAAUUCAAAAGAAAUACUAAAGAUAUCAAAUAGCGUACCGAAUCUAACCACGGGAGGAAAUGAUGAUAAUGUAACAAACACCCCAGAACCUGAUGAUAUUGAUACUAUAAUGGAUGGGCUGAACUCGAAUUCAGAUGAAAAUCUAGAUGACCAGAAUAAUGUAUCAUAUCCAUCGUCAUUAGAAACAAAACAGGAAAUUCCAGAUUACAGCGAUAUCGAAGAUAUUAAAGAAAAUUAUAUUUUAAACAAUAUAAAACAUCCGUUAAAACCUAAAUCUAAGAAGUUGGGGAAAAACCAGUCAGAUGAUAAUAAUAAACAACCAAAAAUAAAAAAACAAAAAUUAGCUCCACCUUUGGAAUCAAAUAAUAAUAACGAAAAAGGAUCUCCACAGAACUCUAUUAAGCCACUCGCACCAAAUUCAAAAGAAAUACUAAAAAUAUCAAACAGCGUACCGAAUCUAACCACGGGAGGAAAUGAUGAUAAUGUAACAAACACCCCAGAACGUGAUGAUAUUGAUACUAUAAUGGAUGGACUGAACUCGAAUUCAGAUGAAAAUCUAGAUGACCAGAGUAACGGAUCAUAUCCAUCGUCAUUAGAAACAAAACAGGAAAUUCCAGAUUACAGCGAUAUCGAAGAUAUUAAAGAAAAUGAUAUUUUAAACAAUAUAAAACAUCCGUUAAAACCUAAAUCUAAGAAGUUGGGGAAAAACCAGUCAGAUGAUAAUAAUAAACAACCAAAAAUAAAAAAACAUAAAUUAACUCCAACGUUGGAAUCAAAUAAUAAAAACGAAAAAGGAUCUCCACAGAACUCUAUUAAGCCACUCGCACCAAAUUCAAAAGAAAUACUAAAGAUAUCAAAUAGCGUACCGAAUCUAACCACGGGAGGAAAUGAUGAUAAUGUAACAAACACCCCAGAACCUGAUGAUAUUGAUACUAUAAUGGAUGGGCUGAACUCGAAUUCAGAUGAAAAUCUAGAUGACCAGAAUAAUGGAUCAUAUCCAUCGUCAUUAGAAACAAAACAGGAAAUUCCAGAUUACAGCGAUAUCGAAGAUAUUAAAGAAAAUGAUAUUUUAAACAAUAUAAAACAUCCGUUAAAAACUAAAUCUAAGAAGUUGGGGAAAAAACGGUCAGAUGAUAAUAAUAAACAACCAAAAAUAAAAAAACAAAAAUUAGCUCCACCUUUGGAAUCAAAUAAUAAUAACGAAAAAGGAUCUCCACAGAACUCUAUUAAGCCACUCGCACCAAAUUCAAAAGAAAUACUAAAGAUGUCAAAUAGCGUACCGAAUCUAGCCACGGGAGGAAAUGAUGAUAAUGUAACAAACACCCCAGUACCUGAUGAUAUUGAUACUAUAAUGGAUGGACUGAACUCGAAUUCAGAUGAAAAUCUAGAUGACCAGAAUAAUGGAUCAUAUCCAUCGUCAUUAGAAACAAAACAGGAAAUUCCAGAUUACAGCGAUAUCGAAGAUAUUAAAGAAAAUGAUAUUUUAAACAAUACAAAACAUCCGUUAAAACCUAAAUCUAAGAAGUUGGGGAAAAAACGGUCAGAUGAUAAUAAUAAACAACCAAAAAUAAAAAAACAAAAAUUAGCUCCACCUUUGGAAUCAAAUAAUAAUAACGAAAAAGGAUCUACACAGAACUCUAUUAAGCCACUCGCACCAAAUUCAAAAGAAAUACUAAAGAUAUCAAAUAGCGUACCGAAUCUAACCACGGGAGGAAAUGAUGAUAAUGUAACAAACACCCCGGAACCUGAUGAUAUUGAUACUAUAAUGGAUGGGCUGAACUCGAAUUCAGAUGAAAAUCUAGAAGACCAGAGUAACGGAUCAUAUCCAUCGUCAUUAGAAACAAAACAGGAAAUUCCAGAUUACAGCGAUAUCGAAGAUAUUAAAGAAAAUGAUAUUUUAAACAAUAUAAAACAUCCGUUAAAACCUAAAUCUAAGAAGUUGGGGAAAAAACGGUCAGAUGAUAAUAAUAAACAACCAAAAAUAAAAAAACAAAAAUUAGCUCCACCUUUGGAAUCAAAUAAUAAUAACGAAAAAGCAUCUCCACAGGACUCAAUUAAGCCACUCGCACCAAAUUCAAAAGAAAUACUAAAGAUGUCAAAUAGCGUACCGAAUCUAGCCACGGGAGGAAAUGAUGAUAAUGUAACAAACACCCCAGUACCUGAUGAUAUUGAUACUAUAAUGGAUGGACUGAACUCGAAUUCAGAUGAAAAUCUAGAAGACCAGAGUAACGGAUCAUAUCCAUCGUCAUUAGAAACAAAACAGGAAAUUCCAGAUUACAGCGAUAUCGAAGAUAUUAAAGAAAAUGAUAUUUUAAACAAUAUAAAACAUCCGUUAAAACCUAAAUCUAAGAAGUUGGGGAAAAAACGGUCAGAUGAUAAUAAUAAACAACCAAAAAUAAAAAAACAAAAAUUAGCUCCACCUUUGGAAUCAAAUAAUAAUAACGAAAAAGCAUCUCCACAGGACUCAAUUAAGCCACUCGCACCAAAUUCAAAAGAAAUACUAAAGAUGUCAAAUAGCGUACCGAAUCUAGCCACGGGAGGAAAUGAUGAUAAUAUAACAAACACCCCAGUACCUGAUGAUAUUGAUACUAUAAUGGAUGAGCUGAACUCGAAUUCAGAUGAAAAUCUAGAUGAACAGAAUAAUGGAUCAUAUCCAUCGUCAUUAGAAACAAAACAGGAAAUUCCAGAUUACAGCGAUAUCGAAGAUAUUAAAGAAAAUGAUAUUUUAAACAAUAUAAAACAUCCGUUAAAACCUAAAUCUAAGAAGUUGGGGAAAAAACGGUCAGAUGAUAAUAAUAAACAACCAAAAAUAAAAAAACAAAAAUUAGCUCCACCUUUGGAAUCAAAUAAUAAUAACGAAAAAGCAUCUCCACAGGACUCAAUUAAGCCACUCGCACCAAAUUCAAAAGAAAUACUAAAGAUGUCAAAUAGCGUACCGAAUCUAACCACGGGAGGAAAUGAUGAUAAUGUAACAAACACCCCAGUACCUGAUGAUAUUGAUACUAUAAUGGAUGAGCUGAACUCGAAUUCAGAUGAAAAUCUAGAUGACCAGAAUAAUGGAUCAUAUCCAUCGUCAUUAGAAACAAAACAGGAAAUUCCAGAUUACAGCGAUACCGAAGAUAUUAAAGAAAAUGAUAUUUUAAACCACUUAAAAGACCCCUUAAAUCCUAAAACAAAAAAGUUGGGAAAAAAACGGUCAGAUAAUAAUAAACAACCAAAAAUAAUAAAACAUGAAUUAACUACACCUUUGGAAUCAAAUACUAAUAACGAAAAAGGAUCUCCACAGAACUCUAUUAAACCACUCGCACCAAAUUCAAAAGAAAUAUUAAAGGUAUCAAAUAGCGUUCCGAAUCUAACCACGGGAGGAAAUGAUGAUAAUGUAACAAACACCCCCGAACCUGAUGAUAUUGAUACUAUAAUGGAUGGGCUAAACUCGAAUUCAGAUGAAAAUCUAGAUGACCAGAAUAAUGGAUCAGAUCCAUCGUCAUUAGAAACAAAACAGGAAAUUCCAGAUUACAGCGAUAUCGAAGAUAUUAAAGAAAAUGAUAUUUUAAACGACUUAAAAGACCCCUUAAAUCCUAAAACAAAAAAGUUGGGGAAAAAACGGUCAGAUAAUAAUAAACAACCAAAAAUAAUAAAACAUGAAUUAACUACACCUUUGGAAUCAAAUACUAAUAACGAAAAAGGAUCUCCACAGAACUCUAUUAAGCCACUCGCACCAAAUUCAAAAGAAAUAUUAAAGGUAUCAAAUAGCGUACCGAAUCUAACCACGGGAGGAAAUGAUGAUAAUGUAACAAACACCCCCGAACCUGAAGAUAUUGAUACUAUAAUGGAUGGGCUGAACUCGAAUUCAGAUGAUAAUCUAGAUGACCAGAAUAAUGGAUCAUAUCCAUCGUCAGUAGAUACAAAACAGGAAAUUCCAGAUUACAGCGAUAUCGAAGAUAUUAAAGAAAAUGAUAUUUUAAACGACUUAAAAGACCCCUUAAAUCCUAAAACAAAAAAGUUGGGGAAAAAAAGGUCAGAUAAUAAUAAACAACCAAAAAUAAUAAAACAUGAAUUAACUACACCUUUGGAAUCAAAUACUAAUAACGAAAAAGGAUCUCCACAGAACUCUAUUAAGCCACUCGCACCAAAUUCAAAAGAAAUACUAAAGGUAUCAAAUAGCGUACCGAAUCUAACCACGGGAGGAAAUGAUGAUAAUGUAACAAACACUCCAGAACGUGAUGAUAUUGAUACUAUAAUGGAUGGACUGAACUCGAAUUCAGAUGAGAAUCUAGAUGACCAGAAUAAUGGAUCAUAUCCAUCGUCAUUAGAUACAAAACAGGAAAUUCCAGAUUACAGCGAUAUCGAAGAUAUUAAAGAAAAUGAUAUUUUAAACGACUUAAAAGACCCCUUAAAUCCUAAAACAAAAAAGUUGGGAAAAAAACGGUCAGAUAAUAAUAAACAACCAAAAAUAAUAAAACAUGAAUUAACUACACCUUUGGAAUCAAAUACUAAUAACGAAAAAGGAUCUCCACAGAACUCUAUUAAACCACUCGCACCAAAUUCAAAAGAAAUAUUAAAGGUAUCAAAUAGCGUUCCGAAUCUAACCACGGGAGGAAAUGAUGAUAAUGUAACAAACACCCCCGAACCUGAUGAUAUUGAUACUAUAAUGGAUGGGCUAAACUCGAAUUCAGAUGAAAAUCUAGAUGACCAGAAUAAUGGAUCAGAUCCAUCGUCAUUAGAAACAAAACAGGAAAUUCCAGAUUACAGCGAUAUCGAAGAUAUUAAAGAAAAUGAUAUUUUAAACGACUUAAAAGACCCCUUAAAUCCUAAAACAAAAAAGUUGGGAAAAAAACGGUCAGAUAAUAAUAAACAACCAAAAAUAAUAAAACAUGAAUUAACUACACCUUUGGAAUCAAAUACUAAUAACGAAAAAGGAUCUCCACAGAACUCUAUUAAGCCACUCGCACCAAAUUCAAAAGAAAUAUUAAAGGUAUCAAAUAGCGUACCGAAUCUAACCACGGGAGGAAAUGAUGAUAAUGUAACAAACACCCCCGAACCUGAAGAUAUUGAUACUAUAAUGGAUGGGCUGAACUCGAAUUCAGAUGAUAAUCUAGAUGACCAGAAUAAUGGAUCAUAUCCAUCGUCAGUAGAUACAAACAGGAAAUUCCAGAUUACAGCGAUAUACGAAGAUAUUAAAGAAAAUGAUAUUUUAAACGACUUAAAAGACCCCUUAAAUCCUAAAACAAAAAAGUUGGGGAAAAAAAGGUCAGAUAAUAAUAAACAACCAAAAAUAAUAAAACAUGAAUUAACUACACCUUUGGAAUCAAAUACUAAUAACGAAAAAGGAUCUCCACAGAACUCUAUUAAGCCACUCGCACCAAAUUCAAAAGAAAUACUAAAGGUAUCAAAUAGCGUACCGAAUCUAACCACGGGAGGAAAUGAUGAUAAUGUAACAAACACUCCAGAACGUGAUGAUAUUGAUACUAUAAUGGAUGGACUGAACUCGAAUUCAGAUGAGAAUCUAGAUGACCAGAAUAAUGGAUCAUAUCCAUCGUCAUUAGAUACAAAACAGGAAAUUCCAGAUUACAGCGAUAUCGAAGAUAUUAAAGAAAAUGAUAUUUUAAACGACUUAAAAGACCCCUUAAAUCCUAAAACAAAAAAGUUGGGAAAAAAAAGGUCAGAUAAUAAUAAACAACCAAAAAUAAUAAAACAUGAAUUAACUACACCUUUGGAAUCAAAUACUAAUAACGAAAAAGGAUCUCCACAGAACUCUAUUAAACCACUCGCACCAAAUUCAAAAGAAAUAUUAAAGGUAUCAAAUAGCGUUCCGAAUCUAAUCACGGGAGGAAAUGAUGAUAAUGUAACAAACACCCCCGAACCUGAUGAUAUUGAUACUAUAAUGGAUGGGCUAAACUCGAAUUCAGAUGAAAAUCUAGAUGACCAGAAUAAUGGAUCAGAUCCCUCGUCAUUAGAAACAAAACAGGAAAUUCCAGAUUACAGCGAUAUCGAAGAUAUUAAAGAAAAUCAUAUUUUAAACGACUUAAAAGACCCCUUAAAUCCUAAAACAAAAAAGUUGGGAAAAAAACGGUCAGAUAAUAAUAAACAACCAAAAAUAAUAAAACAUGAAUUAACUACACCUUUGGAAUCAAAUACUAAUAACGAAAAAGGAUCUCCACAGAACUCUAUUAAGCCACUCGCACCAAAUUCAAAAGAAAUAUUAAAGGUAUCAAAUAGCGUACCGAAUCUAACCACGGGAGGAAAUGAUGAUAAUGUAACAAACACCCCCGAACCUGAAGAUAUUGAUACUAUAAUGGAUGGGCUGAACUCGAAUUCAGAUGAUAAUCUAGAUGACCAGAAUAAUGGAUCAUAUCCAUCGUCAGUAGAUACAAAACAGGAAAUUCCAGAUUACAGCGAUAUCGAAGAUAUUAAAGAAAAUGAUAUUUUAAACGACUUAAAAGACCCCUUAAAUCCUAAAACAAAAAAGUUGGGAAAAAAACGGUCAGAUAAUAAUAAACAACCAAAAAUAAUAAAACAUGAAUUAACUACACCUUUGGAAUCAAAUACUAAUAACGAAAAAGGAUCUCCACAGAACUCUAUUAAGCCACUCAGACCAAAUUCAAAAGAAAUAUUAAAGGUAUCAAAUAGCGUACCGAAUCUAACCACGGGAGGAAAUGAUGAUAAUGUAACAAACACCCCAGAACGUGAUGAUAUUUAUACUAUAAUGGAUGGACUGAACUCGAAUUCAAGUGAUAAUCUAGAUGACCAGAAUAAUGGAUCAUAUCCAUCGUCAUUAGACACAAAACAGGAAAUUCCAGAUUACAGCGAUAUCGAAGAUAUUAAAGAAAAUGAUAUUUUAAACGACUUAAAAGACCCCUUAAAUCCUAAAACAAAAAAGUUGGGAAAAAAACGGUCAGAUAAUAAUAAACAACCAAAAAUAAUAAAACAUGAAUUAACUACACCUUUGGAAUCAAAUACUAAUAACGAAAAAGGAUCUCCACAGAACUCUAUUAAGCCACUCGCACCAAAUUCAAAAGAAAUACUAAAGGUAUCAAAUAGCCUACCGAAUCUAACCACGGGAGGAAAUGAUGAUAAUGUAACAAACACCCCAGAACGUGAUGAUAUUGAUACUAUAAUGGAUGGACUGAACUCGAAUUCAGAUGAUAAUCUAGAUGACCAGAAUAAUGGAUCAGAUCCAUCGUCAUUAGAAACAAAACAGGAAAUUCCAGAUUACAGCGAUAUCGAAGAUAUUAAAGAAAAUCAUAUUUUAAACGACUUAAAAGACCCCUUAAAUCCUAAAACAAAAAAGUUGGGAAAAAAACGGUCUGAUAAUAAUAAACAACCAAAAAUAAUAAAACAUGAAUUAACUACACCUUUGGAAUCAAAUACUAAUAACGAAAAAGGAUCUCCACAGAACUCUAUUAAGCCACUCGCACCAAAUUCAAAAGAAAUAUUAAAGGUAUCAAAUAGCGUACCGAAUCUAACCACGGGAGGAAAUGAUGAUAAUGUAACAAACACCCCCGAACCUGAAGAUAUUGAUACUAUAAUGGAUGGGCUGAACUCGAAUUCAGAUGAUAAUCUAGAUGACCAGAAUAAUGGAUCAUAUCCAUCGUCAGUAGAUACAAAACAGGAAAUUCCAGAUUACAGCGAUAUCGAAGAUAUUAAAGAAAAUGAUAUUUUAAACGACUUAAAAGACCCCUUAAAUCCUAAAACAAAAAAGUUGGGAAAAAAAAGGUCAGAUAAUAAUAAACAACCAAAAAUAAUAAAACAUGAAUUAACUACACCUUUGGAAUCAAAUACUAAUAACGAAAAAGGAUCUCCACAGAACUCUAUUAAGCCACUCGCACCAAAUUCAAAAGAAAUACUAAAGGUAUCAAAUAGCGUACCGAAUCUAACCACGGGAGGAAAUGAUGAUAAUGUAACAAACACCCCAGAACGUGAUGAUAUUGAUACUAUAAUGGAUGGACUGAACUCGAAUUCAGAUGAUAAUCUAGAUGACCAGAAUAAUGGAUCAUAUCCAUCGUCAUUAGACACAAAACAGGAAAUUCCAGAUUACGGCGAUACCGAAGAUAUUAAAGAAAAUGAUAUUUUAAACGACUUAAAAGACCCCUUAAAUCCUAAAACAAAAAAGUUGGGAAAAAAACGGUCUGAUAAUAAUAAACAACCAAAAAUAAUAAAACAUGAAUUAACUACACCGAUGGAAUCAAAUACUAAUAACGAAAAAGGAUCUCCACAGAACUCUAUUAAGCCACUCGCACCAAAUUCAAAAGAAAUAUUAAAGGUAUCAAAUAGCGUACCGAAUCUAAUCACGGGAGGAAAUGAUGAUAAUGUAACAAACACCCCCGAACCUGAUGAUAUUGAUACUAUAAUGGAUGGGCUAAACUCGAAUUCAGAUGAAAAUCUAGAUGACCAGAAUAAUGGAUCAUAUCCAUCGUCAUUAGACACAAAACAGGAAAUUCCAGAUUACAGCGAUAUCGAAGAUAUUAAAGAAAAUCAUAUUUUAAACGACUUAAAAGACCCCUUAAAUCCUAAAACAAAAAAGUUGGGAAAAAAACGGUCAGAUAAUAAUAAACAACCCAAAAAUAAUAAAACAUGAAUUAACUACACCUUUAGAAUCAAAUACUAAUAACGAAAAAGGAUCUCCACAGAACUCUAUUAAGCCACUCGCACCAAAUUCAAAAGAAAUAUUAAAGGUAUCAAAUAGCGUACCGAAUCUAACCACGGGAGGAAAUGA